CCCCCGCAGGCCAGCGCUCCCUCUUCCCGCUCAGACGCGCUCCCGAGGUGCUCGGUUCUUCCGAUCGAAGCUAAGGCCGAAUCCCAGCCGGCGACUAGCACCACCCGACCCGCCAUGGCAUCCACGUCCGAGCUCGCCUGCAUCUACAGCGCCCUCAUCCUGCACGACGACGAGGUCACCGUCACGGAAGACAAACUCAAUGCCCUCAUCAGGACAGCUGGAGUUACUGUUGAGCCUUUCUGGCCCAGUCUCUUUGCUAAGGCUUUGGCAAACAUUGACAUCAAUAGUCUGAUCUGCAGUGUUGGUGCUGGUGGUGGUGGAGGAGGUGGUGCUGCUCCUGCUGCUGCUGCAGCUGCUUCCACUGCUGCUCCUGCUGUGGAAGAGAAAAAGGAAGAGAAGAAACAGGAAGAAUCUGAGGAGUCUGAUGAUGACAUGGGCUUUGGUCUCUUUGAUUAGAAGUGCCAUGAAACAUUUGUUACAAUUAAAGAUAUAAAAAUUGAA